AUGGGUAGCUUCGGCAGCUCACAACGGCUGGAUUACGGCACUGGACAUGAGCUGAGCUUUCUGGCAUUUUUAGGAAGUAUAUGGAAGCUUGGUGGCUUUAGUGAUGAAGAAGCAGAGACUAUGACUACAUCGCGGAAUAUCGUAAUUUGCGUGAUGGAGCCGUGUGUAUUUUCAGGUCUUCAAGAUGUAUCAAAAUGA